GUACUGAGAGUCGUAAGCAGGGCUCUUGGCCCCGUACAGAAGGGUCAUACGGCUAUCUGCUGCUCCAUUUAGAACGUUAAUCCGUGAAGUAUGCAAUGAAUGCGACGCAUGCAAAGUCGAAGUGGUUCUUGAUACCCUCCUUAACCUGUACAGUCAUGUCGCGGAAACCUUGCAAGUCAUUUUCGGACAGCCGAUAUACGCAAGCUACAUGAAAACGUGUUAAAUGUUAGCAGACUAGGACGAGGAGCCCAGGCAGGGCCAGCAGGAGCCAGCCAGGGCACCCGGCCGGGGCGGUCGUCAUCAUUGUCAUCGUCAAGUGCGGGAGUCGCUCGGUGCUUUGGCGGCAACGGUGGCGGCAGCCCACCUAAAAGGAAGCCACAACGCCACUGGCACGAGUCGUCGGGCGGACAACUGGGGUUUUCCGUCCUCCUCAAGCUCAUCGCCGCCGCAUUCAUGCGAGCCAUGUUUGUGUUUGUGGAGGGUGUUAAGCAGUACGAGAGAGCGUGAGAAGGUUCAGGAUGCCGGAGAGAAGCGUAUUGUAGCUGCAAGAUGUGUGAAUGUUGGGAGGGGCAAUGCGGAACUCAUGUUAGGUAAGGGCUCUUCGCUGCGUCAGUGGGAGGGACGAUAAGGUGAACGUUGGGGUUUCUGGGUUAGCUGACUCGAUGCAGGUGGGAUGCUCUGUGUAGUACUGUCCAGCACGGAUCUCCCGUCGGGGCGUUGCAUUGUUGGUGGUUUAUAUUCAUGAGGCCUUCCUUGGUUCUUUGGGCUUGCAAUACAGCCUAUAGCUGUUGCUGUGUUUCCCGUAUUACCUGUCGAAUACCCAGAGUUAUCGUACUUUGGUUGACGUGGAUUGGCCUGGAUUGAGUGUAGGAUUUAUGAGCGUAUCUUGGGUUGACAUGGUUGGGUUGGGUCCUUGCAACCGUUCAUAGUCUUAGGAGGAGCUGCAUGCCAGCAUACCGUAUUUAUUACUGCAAUGCAUUGCCACUUUGUAGACGAGGAUGUAGUCUAGAGUGUAGAGCUACCAGCAUGCCGAACGGCUUGGCGUCUAAGAUAUGCUAUGCGUUCUUAUGACCGGGCUGCAGCUUUUGCUAACUCAUAAACUACUGGAGCGUUGGCACAACUAACAAUUUAUUCAUUCUUGUAAUUAUAAUCCUUGCCAAUCUGGAUACCGUGACCGCCUGCACUUGAGUGGGUGCAAUGUCCAUUGACAGCCAGCAUUCCGAGAAGACAGACUUCACAGCUUGAGCAGCUAUGCUCACAAAACUUGCGCGGACUGGCGUCCAUCGGCCAGUCGGAAGGAAUCUAAAAAGUCAUGUAACUACCCAUCCAACUAAAUGCUUACGCUUAGCUCUUUGCAAGAGUAAAUUCGGAGAUGAGCUCCUGGACUUUGUGACGGCUGGCCCGAAAAUGCGAAAAUGGUACGGAGGAGACCGCGCCUUGCUUGCCAGCGAGGAGCAGGAGCCCGAACCUGACGAGCCCGAGGCGAUUAGCGAUACCGUCCUGGUGAUGGAAGCAGACAGCCCCAUCGGCGAACAGGUGGCACUGCAGCUCAUCCUUGCCAGGCAGCAGCUACGCCUCCUAGUACGUGACGUGGCGGCGGCCAAGGUCGCGUACGGCCCCUACGCCACUGCAGUACCCGCCGACGCUGCCGCUGCCGUACCCGUCAGCCCCCGUCUGCUACGCGGCGUCAAAUGCCUCGUGCUUCUGGGGUCACUGAAGAGAGCAACAGCAGUACAUGCAGG